UUUUUUAUUACCUGAAAGAAAUGAGGUUAUAGCUAUCGAAAUGUCUCGCGCUUCAUCUAAACUGAAUCCAGGCAAAGCGCUCGAAAAGUUUUUAAUCGAGUGACGUCAUGAAAAGUCGCGCGUCGUCACGUGACUGUGACUGUCUUUUGUUUAUUUUUUUUUGACACGGACUUAACGAGCGAUGAUUCGAAACAUAUCAAAGUAGCUUUAUAUCAGUGCUACAACUAAUAGAAAGUGCGUGGCCUUACACGGCCGGCCAAAAGAGUAUCCGCUUUUCGAGAAUUCUGCCUCAGCAGGUCAGAUUAUUCUUAUGACCCCUUCGUUCUACACGCAUAUCUUCACGGGUCUCACUGGUUCGCCUGCACCUUUUGAACGCUCCACGGUCGUUUAAACGGAGCGGCUUUUCUGUGAGUGUGGAGGAGAUGGACAGAACUCAGCAGUCGGACACACCCAGCCUGAUCCUCAAACUGUAUGUGAUUUUCCUUUUAGCCCACUGGAGGGGGCUGCUUCACGCCCUUUGGUCCAUCUGUUUUUUUCGCACUGCCCCCUUCCUGUAGUAAAAAUUCGGGUAGGUCCACCGGUGUCAUGUACGCCAGAUGACAGACUUGGGAGUGUCGUCCUGUUAUAUAAACACAGUGUUUUAUUUUUACGGCUCCAAAACUUUGUCAUUGGGUGAGCGCUUGUCUCCCGCCCGAACUGUGCGAGAAAAAGAGGAACUUGACGGACACAUCCAUCCGGGCAAUCAAAGGCAUCUCCUCCCUGGAAUCGAAAAGACAGAGCAAAGUAACGAGAUGAAGGACUUGUUAACUUUCUGUCUGGUGGUCCAGAUCCUGCACUUCAUUCCAUGUUUGGCGUCAUCGAAAGAGACCACUGUAGAAGCAGACACUGGAUCAAAUGUGCUACUAAAGUUUAACACCUCCUUGUAUGAGAAAAUACAGAUAUUCAGUGUGGAGUGGCUGUUCAAUGAAAGUAUAAGCCACACGGUUUUUGCAGCUAACAGCACUUACAAUAACACUGAAAACCAAGAUGAGCAAUUCAAUAAAAGGGUACAAUUCUUCCAAAAUGAAAUGGCCAAUGGAAAUAUGUCAUUAGUACUGAGAGAUGUCGCAGAAAAAGACAGCGGUAAAUAUACCUGCAGAGUCAACACCAAUAAAGGAACAUAUGAGCUAACAGCCAUCCGACUGAAAGUAUCUAAUGGAGGAAAUCUGCUCAAGCUGAAUGUGGCAGUGGUGGCUGUAGUGCUGCUGAUUAUUUUCAACUUGCUCUAUACUUAAACUGGUAUCUCCCACAAAGUCAACCAAACGGGAUACCUGCUUAUAAAAAGCUAGAGAAGCGACCUGUAAAUAAAAUCUGAAUCUUCCAGUCAAGAAAUUUAUCAGUGAGCUUUAGAUGACGAAAGAGACCUUCACACCUGACAUCCUCAAUACCACGUCUACCACCUCUCAGCCUAAUUGGGAGGACAGUGGAAGAGAAGCAAACAAUGGAAGCUGCUUACUUGCAUUUUUCCCCAGGCACAGUAUGGACAUAAAUGCAAAUAUGUGAGUGUGCCAGAUCUUCAAAGUGAUAUAGUGUCUUUCACAACAGACUCCUAAUAAUCAGUUCACAUUAAACUUGUUUGCUAAUAAAUGAUGUAGUCUGAUGUUAAGAAAGAACAUUUCUAAUGAGCUGAUGGUCAGAAUUUGGCUGAGCCCUGGAAGAUCGGACGUUGUGAGUGGUCUCCACAAUGAAAACAGUUUCAAAUUUAGACUUCUGUCAUUGGGUCAUCACAUCAAACUCAUUUGACUCCUAACUGCAUGUCCAGAGUUGUCAGGGUGCUUAGUGUUACCAUAUUUGCUCCAACAUAAAGGGCCUUUCUCGUCUUCUUGGAAAUCUUCUUCCUUCAAUCUCACCUUUGUAGCGCUCACCACAGUGAGGGUCAAUGGUGUGUCCCAUUGGCAAGUGGAUACGAACCGUAAAUGUUGUCCAGGCUCGAUUGCCAGCUGGUUAUCACUGCAUCCAUAACCAUUACCUCAGAAUCACUUUAGUUUUCCUACUAAAUGGGUGGUCUCGUUGGUCUCCUGGGACUUUGUAUUG